AUGUGGUUAAAGGGGGAUCUUAGUGGAACACGCGAUUUGAUGCUUUACGAUAAAAAUACGCCCUCGUAUUGUUUGGUUGGACUGACUACUAGUUAUCAAGCCCACGAUGAUGAAGAUGAUGAAGAGUCUCGAAGCGAUAAAACAUUCUACAUUAUUCCUGCUGAAUGGAUGCACUAUGUCUAUGUACGAUAUGAAAACGACUCGUGGAGUAUGUAUUUGGCGGCGACAACAUUUUGUUGCAGACAGAUUUUGGUGCGUGGGACCGUAAUGGUUGCUCGACGCGAGAAUAUCAGCAUUAAAUCGGAAUAUGCCAUGGUGGAUAAAUGCUAUGUUCCUUUUAAAAAUUAUUUCCACAUCGGUAUUGGUCAAUGUUCAAGUGAGGUGCACGACGUAUUAGCGGACGUGGGUAUAAUUGUGAACGGGGAACAAUUGUACAAUAGAGCAUGUUUGCUUGCGCAUCCUUACGGUAAAGAGCGUGAGGUAAUUUAUGCUUUGUCAGUACAUGAGAAAAUAUUUAAUUUUAAUCCUAAUGAAGAAAAAAAUGAGGGUAAAUUUUUGAAAUUAAUAAUGCGACAUAUAUUAGUGUGUCGACAGUGUAAUAUGUAUGUGGAUGUACUGAUUGAAUUGAUUUUGAAUAGUUUAGUUAAGUAUGGCACCCUAGAUGAGGUUAUGAAUGUAAACACUAGUGCCGAUAAGCUUUUAGCAGGUAAUGUGCCCUGUUAUUCAUAUAUUUUGGAUGCUGAUUUUGUUAUCAUGCAACAGGAUGCAUAUAAUGCCCCGUUAAAAUACGCGGCAAAAACAUUACGAAAAACCACAAAUAUUUGUAAGGAUAUUAUUGAACCAUUUUUUUAUGAAAUAUGCCUAGUCUAUAUAUGGUUAUGGUAUGUAAGUGUCAUAUUAAGUAGUAAAUAAAGUCUAGAAAAUUAAAAUACGUUUUAUUUUUAGAUGUCGUCGCGUACGUAUUAUUUUGAGUCUGUAUCACCAUUGUUUGAGCAUGUAAAAUGGGACAGUUUGAUGAAACUAUUAAACGAAAUGGGGAUGGUGUAUUUUAAAUAUUUACAAUACGGGCUAAAGUUGUGUGUGAAGAUCGUGGGCAUUGUUCAAUUUGUUGAUCGCGUAAGUAUACGAAAAUUGCAUGCAGCGAUGUUAAAUGUGCAAUUUCAGACAUCGUUUCUACAACGUGUACAACUCCCUAUGGCUUUACCGCAUUUACGAAUAUGGUUGUUAUGUUUGCUUCAUGAUCUUCCCGAAUCCGAAAUUAAAGAGUGGCGAAUUUGCAUUGGGUGGGCGAAAUCGUGA